AUGGCAGACGAAGUCACCACUCACCAGCAUUGUUCCUCGAAGAACAAAGGCUCGGAGCCCGAUCCACCUGCAGAAUUUCCCAGCAUUGAGGAAGGCAAGCAGACUUCAGCAAAUGGGGUACUAGAGGCCCUGGGAUACGAGCCCGAGCUCGUUCGAAACCGCUCCACACUUCAAAUAGCUUUCAUGUCCUUUGUACUGGCAGCGAUACCAUAUGGACUGGCUACAACUUUCAUCUACCCUCUUAUUGGAGGAGGCCCUGUCAAUAUAAUCUGGGGAUGGCUUGUCGUCUCUUUAAUUACUCUAUGUGUGGCUGCCUCACUUGGCGAAAUAACCUCGGUCUAUCCAACUGCCGGAGGAGUCUACUACCAGACUUUUAUGCUGUCUCCGCCGUCAUAUCGAAGGAUUGCCUCGUGGAUUUGCGGAUGGUCAUAUGUUGUUGGAAAUAUCACCAUCACACUUGCAGUCAACCUUGGGAGUACCCUUUUCUUCGUCUCGUGUAUCAACGUCUUCGAAUCCGCUCCAGGGGUGGGAAUCUUCCAAGCGGAAACAUACCAAGUUUUUCUCAUAUUUCUCGCAGUCACAUUCUUUGCUAACGCAGUAUCGGCCUUUGGGAACAAAUGGCUACCUUAUCUUGAUACAUUCGCAAUAUUCUGGACGCUUGCAGGAUUGUUGGCUAUUAUAAUAUGUGUUCUUGCGAUUGCGAAAGAGGGUAGACAUGACGCCGAGUAUGUUUUCACUAGUUUUAAGCCCGAAUCUGGUUGGCCACCAGGCUGGUCCUUUUGCGUCGGACUUCUGCAGGCAGCUUAUAGCACUUCCUCCACUGGUAUGGUGAUUUGUAUGUGUGAAGAAGUUCAGCAACCAUCAACACAAGUUCCAAAAGCAAUGGUUGGAGCGGUCAUUAUAAACACCCUGGCCGGAUUCCUCUUCCUUAUCCCAUUGGUUUUCGUGCUCCCCGACACGAAGGUUUUAGCCGCUCUCGAAUCCGGCCAACCAGUUCCGAGUAUUAUCAAGUCCGCCAUUGGAAGCCCAAUUGGGUCAUUCCUGCUUCUCCUACCGUUGGUAGUGCUCGCUCUGUUUUGUGUUAUAGGCUGCACUACGGCUGUCUCCCGAAGCACAUGGGCAUUUGCUCGCGAUGGGGGUAUACCAGGCUCCAUAUGGUGGAGGCAGGUAAAUAGAGAUGGCGUACCUUUCAAUGCUAUGAUGCUCGGCAUGGUUGUUCAAAUAUUGCUCGGAUUUAUUUACUUCGGGUCAACUACUGCUUUCAACGCUUUCACUGGCGUCGGAGUUAUUACAUUGACUGUCAGCUAUGCAUGCCCAAUCGUUGUAUCUCUUGUUGGAGGCCGAAGACACAUAAAAAAUGGGCAAUUUAACCUUGGCUCCCUCGGGUUGGUUUGCAAUAUUGUGGCACUGGGAUGGAGUAUUCUUGUCAUUCCAUUAUUUUGCAUGCCUUCUUCAAUCCCUGUGACUGCAAAUACGGUCAACUAUGCACCAGUGGUGUUUGUUGCGUUUAUAAUAAUUGCUUCUGGAUGGUACUGGGCUUGGGGCGGAACGCAGAUGGAAGCGAUUGGCGACAAACUCGACGGGCUAACUUUCACCUUGAAGACCCAAGCGACCUCUCUAAUACCAUUCCUGCUUGGUCUAAAAUAUGUAUUAUCGUGGCCGAUUCUUCCGAUAUUCAGGGAUGCUCACAAUGUCGACAAACCUUCGCCAAUGCAUUUUACACGAGAUUCCGGAGUCACCACUGGGUUCAAUACCUGGUCUAAAUUUGCCGUGAAAAAGGUAGACCAUAAUAGUGCCAAGUUCAAAUGGUAUCAUACAAAUAUCUUCACGCGGUGGCUACCCUCAACCAAUCAAACUGUGAUUCUCGCCUUCGAUCUCGACUCACCCGUCAAAGAACGUUUCCUGAGAGCAGUGAUGAAACCGAAUGAAAGCUGGCUCAGCGAUCCAUUUUGGAUCUAUCCAUAUUUGAUCGAGCUGAUUGCGCUGUUUGAGGAGCCCUCCGUAUGGGCUAUCCGAGAUCAUGUCCGAGCAAUGGAGACAGAGGGAAAACCAGAAGGAAGACCGCAACCCGAUUACAGACAACUUCACGACCUCGCUAGACAUGCUAUUCAUGUGAACGAGACGCUCGACGUUGCCUCGCAAAAUAUAGAGCACAUCUUGAUGCAACACGAGAACUAUACAAACUCGAACCCAGAUAAUGACCCUGCUACAUCUGAAGACAUUCGCUUUCGUUUGCGAUCCUGGCAGUCUUUCAUCACCAGCCUACGAUAUCGGUCCAAUUCAAAUGAGAAGAGAUUACAAAAUGAAAUCCAACUGUCCUUUAAUACUGUGGCUCAGCAUGAUGCUGGAAUUACCCUGGAAAUUGGUCGGGCAACUCAAAUGGAUAGUGCCACGAUGAAAACGAUCGCCUUUGUUACACUUACGUUUCUUCCUCCUACUUUCAUAUGCGCUAUCUUCAGCAUGUCAUUUUUUGAUUUCGGCGGGGAUUCCGGCUGGACUAUGUCGGACAAGUUCUGGGUUUACUGGGUCUUUGCUAUACCAACUACUGUUCUUACAACUCUAGUAUGGACUUACUGGCCGAAUAUCCGCCGCAUUUUGUUUUCCAACAAUGAAUGA